CCUUGAUUUUUGAAGGAAAUAAGAUUAAUUCACCCGCCUCUCAUCAAACUCCACCCUCCUAUUUCUGAGUAGCCAAUUACAAUUUACUUUGCUCUUGCAUUGAGAUUUAUGGCCAAACAGUCGACCAGCUUUUAUGAGGGUUAAUUUUAUAAUAACAAAAGGACGGGUGGUACUCGACUCUUGCAGAAAAUUCAAAACAGACAAGAUUUAUAACAUCCUCAUAAAUUUUACGUGAAAAUAACGUUUUGGUGUCCGACUAUAUGUACCAUUCUAUGUACCAUCAUGUGAAUUCUAAAAGAACUUUUAGAGUUCAAUGAUAUGCACCUAUAUAAAACAUAUAAUAUUCGAAAAUUCGUUAUUUUUACGAGUCAUCGAAAGUUUCGGCUGAUAUUGUAGGUAAGAGGGUGAAUUUUAGUCCGUUUCAUAGACAGUUCGAGCUUACGGAGCAGCCCUUUCCCAUGCUGCUGGGUCCUGCCUGGCACCUACACACUUGCAGAGGUCCUUCAAGGCUGAACAAUGAAAAAACAUUCGUUAGGAGGAGGGAAAUUCAUGAAAGGAGAAGAGAGAAAUUAUUGACCUUUUCAAGAAAGAGAAAAGAAAACUCUAAGCUAAGGGACUACAAGAAACCGCACUGCUUCACCAUCGAGGAUGGUAGAAUGAGGCUGAAAAAAAUUCAUAAUUAUUUUUACCAAAUGCAAGGACAAUUGAAUAUCUGUAAACAAAUUUUUUGCGAUUUCGUUCUAUAUUCAGAUGAUGAUUUUCAAAUAGAAAGAAUAGAAUGUGACGAGGCACUAUGGAAAAAUAUCAUCUUGCCAAAGCUGGAGAAGUUCUAUAUGAAUUGCAUUCUUCCUGAAUUAAUAGAUGGGAGAAUACCAAGAGGAAUGCGGGCACGGGAUAAAAAUGAAACACGGCGAUAAUUUUCAAAAUAAAAUAUUUCGAAUUUCAAACAGUUGUUUUUUCCCAGAUCAUCAGUUUCUAAAUGAUUAUACCUAUUCACUAUCAUCACAGCUAUAAUCAUUAAUUCAAGGCCUGUUAAUUUGUAUACUGCAAGAUAUUUCAGUUCUUUCUCGAUCCUAAAGCAUCAUUAGCUGAUGCAAUGAAAUGUCUACAUAUUUUUGUGCUCGUUUCAGGUUCUUUCAUACCAAAGCUCGAUUGAGAAUUUUUCGAUUUUCAACAAUAUUUAUU